AUGCAGCUCGAUCUAUCAGGAGCUUUCCAUACCCCUGGCAACGGGAAAAAAGGUUCUAACAACAGGGAUAUAUCUCUGGACGAAGGUUUUAUUGAUGUAGGUACUUUUCAAAAUAGUAAGCAAACAAGAACUGAGGAGGGAAAGAUAGAAAAGGUGGUCAAGGAGUACCUCAAGGCUUUCGAGGCAAAGAUCACGAAGAUUCCUGGAGUGUCAAAGCCGAUGGAAGGAAGAAAAAGCUGCAGAUGGCUACAUAGAAUCGCCUUUCUCAGAAGAGAUCGCUAUGGUGGACAUGCCAAAAAGGAGGUCGAUUACCUAUUGAAAAAGGGGUAUCUUAAGGAGCUCAUGACGGACAGGUCUAAAGCUUCAGGAAGAGAAAGAAAAUACAAUCAAGGAGGACCGCCUCCUCUACCUCCAAUCAUCAAAACCAUCAAUUUCAUCUCCGGGGGAUCAGAAAUGUGCGGUUUGACGUACUCAGCAGCAAAGCGUAACGCCAAAGAAAAAAACAUGAACAAGCCAACCAAGAAGGUACAAGCAAAGCUAGACCUCUCGAUUGUGUUUGAAGAAAGUGAUGCCAUGGAAGAGCACCAUGAUGGCCUAGUAAUAUCACUCCCGGUUGGAAAUUGUCUUAUCAAGAGGAUUCUAGUUGACAAUGGAAGUUCUGCCAACAUCAUCAUACUUGAUACAGUGAAACAUAUGAACAUUAACGAGAAAGACAUCAUCAAAAAGUCAACAAUGCUGGUCGGAUUCAGUGGGGAAACUAAGAAAACCAUAGGGGAGAUUACACUGCCCACCUAUGCAAAAGGGAUCAAUCUGCAGGUGAAAUUUUUAGUGAUCAAUACUCUAUCAUCCUACAACAUUGUUCUAUGCAGACCAUGGAUGCAUGAAAUGAAAGCCAUCCCAUCUACGUAUAAUCAAAUCAUCAAAUUUCCCACCAAAUGGGGGAUCCAAGAAAUCAAGGGGGACCCGAAAGAAGCCAAAGAAUGCUACAAGAUAGCCUUGAAAGCAAUAUCUGCAGAAAAAGAAUCAGCAUAG